AUGGGUACGACGCUCAUCAAGGAGGCCGUGCUUCUCGCAGUCGCCACCUCUCUCGCCGCCGCUGCCUGUCCCACCAGUGACUGGGCGCAGUACGGCAACUCGUGCUACUGGCUCUCCGACUUCCAACUCGAGUGGCGCUCUGUGAGCAGCGACUGCGGCCUGGUCCAGCCCGGCUCCAAGUCCGUCUCUGUGCACGACCUGCAGGCGCACGCCUUCCUGGCCGAUCUGACUGAGGGGAACGGCACAUGGCUGGGUCUGCACCGGGCCAGCACCACGGCCGGCUGGACGUGGAGCGACGGCUCGCCGUUCGACUGGGAGUUCUGGCGCAGCGACCAGCCGGCCGGCGAAGGCGAGCGCUGCGCCUUCAUGAACUGCGACUCGCACGGCGAGUGGUGUACGGCCGACUGCGCCGACGGCUUCUACUACUACUUCUACGGCUUGUACUUCCUGUGCCAGAUCGACGCGUGA